UAACAGUCCGGGCGGGAGCCGGAAGCCUAGCGCCGGAGCGGGCCGCGCUGUGGCCCCCGGUGUACCGCGGUUGAGAGGUGAGGUUCCGGAGGGCCGGGGGUCAGCGGGCUACCGCCCGCCGCGUCCUUGCACACUCCCGAACCCCGCCCGCCUUCCGGCCGCCCCGGGGCCGGGUCGGAGGUCCCCGAGCCCCGCGCGCCCCGGCCCGUCCGCUACCACGGACAGUUGUCGGGCAGGGGCGCGGCAGCGAGUUUGGCGCGGAAGUGCCCGGGAGCCGCGGGCCAGAGUCGCGCACCUCCAUCUACGACAGUCACCGGCUCGGCCUGAGAAGUGGCCCGGGCAGCUGAGGUGGGGUGGGUUGGUGGCGGCUCUGGGCGGUGUGCUGUCCCCCGGAAAGUUUGCCGUUUCUCCACCGGCCGCCUCCCCUUUUGUAAACCUCUCCUCUACGGCUCGAAUGCAUUUUAUAAGGCGCUGUCCCUAAAUUCGGGGUUGGCUGUCUUUUGCCGCCUUGUGUCCUGCUAGCUCUCUUUGAUGGGACCUUCUUUGAGAGACUGAUGUAAUGCCUCUCCCUUAAAGGUGCUCAGUUCUCAGAAGAGUGAGGUGCAGUCAUGCAGGAAAACCUCAGAUUUGCUUCAUCCGGAGAUGACAUUAAAAUAUGGGAUGCUUCUUCUAUGACAUUGGUGGAUAAAUUCAGCCCACACACAUCACCACAUGGAAUCAGCUCAAUGUGUUGGAGCAGCAAUAAUAACUUUCUAGUGACAGCAUCUUCCAGUGGCGACAAAAUCGUUGUUUCACAUUACAAAAAUAAACCUUUUCUACUUUUCGAGCUUGGUGAAGGGCAAAAGCAGACAUGUGUCAGUUUAAAUUCCACAUCUAUGUAUUUGGUAAGUGGAGGCCUAAAUCACACUGUUAAUAUUUGGGAUUUAAAAUCAAAAAGAGUUCAUCGAUCUCUUAAGGAUCAUAAAGAUGAAGUAACUUCUGUCACAUAUAAUUGGAAUGAUUGCUACAUUGCUUCUGGAUCUCUCAGUGGUGAAAUUAUUUUGCACAGUGUAACCACUAACUUAUCUAGUACUCCCUUUGGCCAUGGCAGUAACCAGUCCGUUCGGCACUUGAAGUACUCCUUGUUUAAGAAAUCACUACUGGGCAGUGUUUCGGAUAACGGAGUAGUAACUCUCUGGGAUGUGAAUAGUCAGAGUCCAUACCAUAACUUUGACAGUACACAUAAAGCUCCAGCUUCAGGCAUCUGUUUUUCUCCUGUCAAUGAAUUGCUAUUUGUGACUAUAGGCUUGGAUAAAAGAAUCAUUCUCUAUGACACCUCAAGUAAGAAACUAGUGAAAAGUUUAGUGGCCGACACACCUCUCACCGCAGUAGACUUCAUGCCUGAUGGAGCCACUUUGGCUAUUGGAUCUUCCCGUGGGAAAAUAUAUCAGUAUGAUUUAAGGAUGUUGAAAUCACCAGUUAAAACCAUCAGUGCUCACAAGACAUCUGUGCGAUGUAUAGCAUUUCAGUACUCCACUGCUCUUUCUAAGUCAAGUUUAAAUAAAGGCUGUUCAAAUAAGCCCACAGCUGUGAACAAACGAGCCAUUAAUGUGAGCGCUACCAGUGGAGGACUUCAGAAUUCUGGACUCGUCAGAGAAGCAGCCACCACUUCUGUUGGCACGGCUCUACCACAGCCCAUGACAGCAGCCGGGGGGAAAGGAGCAGUAGCUGUCCAAGACAAAGCAGGUUUGCCUCGAAGCAUAAACACUGAUACUGUAUCUAAGGAAACGGACAGUGGGAAAAAUCAGGAUUUCUUGAGCUUUGAUGAUACCAGAAAAAGUAGCUUAGGUGACAUGUUCUCACCUAUCAGAGAUGAUGCUGUGGUUAACAAGGGAGGUGACGAGUCCGUAGGCAAAGAUGGCCUUGACUUUCUACCACAAUUGAAUUCAGUCCUUCCUCCAAGAAAAAAUCCAGUAGCUUCAAGCACUUCAGUAUUGCAUUCUAGUCCUCUUAAUGUCUUUAUGGGAUCUCCAGGGAAAGAAGAAAAUGAACAUCAUGAUCUGACAGCCGAAUCUAAGAAAAUAUAUCUGGGAAAACAGGAACCUAAGGACUCCCUCAAACAGUUUGCAAAGUUGAUUUCUGGUGCUGAAACUGGAAAUCUGAAUACCUCUCCGUCAUCUAACCAAACAAGAAGUCCUGAGAAAUUUGAAAAGCCAGAGAAAGAAAUUGAAGCCCAGUUCAUAUAUGAACCCCCCGUCAUUGGAUCCUCAACUCCAAAUCCAAAGAUAGCAUCCUCUGUCACUGCUGGAGUUGCCAGUUCACUGUCAGAAAAAAUAGCUGAUACCAUUGGAAAUAAUCGGCCAAAUGCACCAUUGACAUCUGUUCAAAUCCGUUUUAUUCAGAACAUGAUACAGGAGACAUUGGAUGACUUUAGAGAAGCAUGCCAUAGGGACAUUGUGAACUUGCAAGUGGAGAUGAUUAAACAGUUUCACAUGCAAUUGAAUGAAAUGCACUCUUUGCUGGAAAGAUACUCUGUGAAUGAAGGUUUAGUGGCUGAAAUUGAAAGACUACGAGAAGAAAACAAAAGACUACGGGCCCACUUUUGAAAUUUCAGUGAAUACCUUAAUGUUUUAUAAUUUGGGAAGCUUUUGGCAACACAGAACUGCAUUGAAUCAGUAUUGUUUUCAUGGUCUCUGGGAAAAAAAGUUUUUUUCAAGUAAAAUGGUGAUGGGAUUUUAUUCCAACCACUAUUUCACCUUCUCUGUCAAAGAUAUUUAUAUUUUUAUAUUAAAAACUGUACAACAUGUCAUCUGCCUAAUAGGAAAGUCCUCAGAAUAUUUAAUUUCUGGAAGUUUUAGCUAUACACUAAGUGCCCUUUUUCAUAAGAAAAGAAAAUUGUGCAAAAAAAUAGGUUAUGUUUUUUAAUCACCUUUUUUUAGCAGAUAAUAUUUUUGAUUGAUAGUUGCCUUCCAAAUUUUUUUGGAUGUUUGAGGAUUAAAGAGUUUGAUAUGCCUUCUAUUUUUAUGGUGAAAGUAAUUUUAAAAUGGCAGUUGGUGUUUCUAAGCAACUGACUAGUAAAACACAAGGUUGGUUAGUAAUUAUUUUGUUAAUUUGAUAAAGUCAAGUAUGACUAUUAUUUAUUACUUGUACAUUUCAUAAGGAAAUUUUGGGAAUUUUGAAUUGCACAGAUUACAUUAUAUAUCUAUUGCAUUUAUGUGUUUUGUACUUCUCACAAAUCUCUACUCCUGUUUGGUAUUUUUUAGCUAAUUUCACUUUACCUAUGAAAACUUUUAGGGGUUUAUAACACUUGACUAGAGCUGCAUAUCUGCUGAUUAUCUCAUGAAUUAAUAACAUGCAAAGUUAUUCUGUAAAGUUUUAAUCAACAUGAUUCAACUUAUAAUCAGUGAAAAUUUUAUAUUAGAUGCUAAGUAUUCAGUAUUAGUCCCAUUUUUUCCCUUCCAAAUGAGAAGUGUGGAUUAUUUUGUUUUGUGGUUUAUAUCAUUAACUUUCUCUAAUUCUUUGUGUGCUGCAUGUAAUGUUUUUAUAUUAUUGACCUUAUCAUAAAAUUUAGAAAGGUUAAUUGUCAAAAGAAUUUACACCUCUCUGGUAUGGGUGGAUGUAUACAUCUACCUGCUACGAUCUACAGUCUUAGUGAUGUAAGAUUAGGAGGGCUACUGGCUUAUUUAUCUUCUUGUAGUCUCUUGUCCCAAAGAUUUAAACUAUGUACCUUGUACACAGUACUUCUACCCAAUUUUGACUUCUGAGAUAAAAAAUAUUUACUAAAAUAAAAAGGAAAUCUAGCUAGCUUACUAACUUUAUGGUUUUCCAAAGUGGUGGAAAUUUUAAGGAUAUAUUUAAUAAGUGUAAACCUCCUAAUAAUUACUUCAGGAAAUAAAAACAGAAAUAUUACUUUUUCUCA